AUGGCCGAUAGUACUUUAGCUAUUCUCUGUAUAUCCUAUGCUUGUACAUUUACUAUGUGCCUUGUUAGUCUUUGUAUUAGUAAAUAUUUUAAUUCACCACGUCUUUUUCAACUUAAUUCAAUUGUUAGUUCUACCAGUAUAAUAUUUAUAUAUGUCUUCUUGAAAUUGAAAUCAUCAUGGUUUGAUACUAACACUCUAUGGGCUUUUUCCUUUAGUGGAUUGAGUAUGUUGACAGCUUUCAAAUUUCUCGAAUUAGCAUUUGCUUAUAAUUGGACAUAUACUCGAAAAAUGCCAUUGAAACUAGUGGCUGUAUAUUUACUUGCCCUUCCACAAAUGCCAGAAUCUGAAGCAAAGUUAUCAGAAUUAUCCAAACAACAGUUGCGCCUAGAAGGUAUCUUGUUAAUUUUACGAGGUAUUUGUCAAUUUAUCAUUUUACGAAUAUUUCUUGACUUGACACCUUUUGAAUGGCUUUCGCUUUCUUCAUCAUUAUGUUCUCCAAUAUUUCGUUUCUUUCGUUAUGGAUUAUGCAGUGUUCUUCUAUAUUUGUCAAUUGAUUAUGCUACCGGAAUUGGUUUCGGCAUUUAUACUAUCCUUUUUAAUCUUCAAAUUAAUCCUGUAUAUCCUGUGUUUCCUUUCGUUUCAACGAGCCUUCGAGACUUUUGGUCAUGUCGUUGGAAUAAUCUUGUCAAAACCUCGCUGCAACGUAUCUCUUUUGUUGUUGUUCCAAAACUGAUCAAUCCAGUAAUGUCGAUGAACCAUAGAAUAAAAGGUCUCUUCGCUUUUGUAUUAUCAGGUUUUCUGCAUGAAUACACGUUAUGGUUUGCCUCCAGUAAAUGGUCUGGUAAAACAAUGAUUUUUUUCUCAUUACACGGUGUUUUAGUUUUAUUGGAAAUAACUAUGAAGUUACCAGUAAAGCCAAAUACGUUCCAAGGAAAAUUAUUGGGAUGGAUGUGGACAAUAGGGAUAUUGUUAAUCACUGCGCCACUUUUCUUCGAUCCAUUUAUUGAAGCUGGAGUUUUUUCUGCUAUGAAAUAA